AUGCUAUUCCCUGGUCGGGACGACGGAACGAGCGAACGAGCGUCGAUUCAGUUUCCAAAGGACGAUCGAGACCAACUCUCCGUCCUCGACCCUCUACCAUCUGGUCCGCAACACUCAACAUCUAUCGAGCUUCAGACACAACCGACACUUAUCACCAUUACGAUGCAGAUCCCGAUUGCAGGAGCAAUCCUCUCCAGCCUUGCCAUGGUUCAGGCCUUUACAACCUUCGAGAUUAUCUUCUGGUCUGACAAGAACUGCGGCGGAUUGGUAUCACACAGGAUGACCGGAAACGGAGACCUUACUUGCGGAAAGCCAGCAGGCACGCCAAAUUCUUUUGACGCCAAAAGCGCUCAAGUCAAGCUGCUGCAGACGUGUGGCGUUACUUUCUUCACCAACAACAAUCAGCAGUGCGAUGCCAGCGCCACGACAAUGACACAUGUUGCGGUCGUUGAUCCGCCGGGGGUUGGGUGUGUUGAGCUGCCCUACGGCAAGGUCGGCAAAUGGCAGGCCGCGAGCGUUAUGUGUCAAUGA